UUUCCACGGCCGAAAAACAGCAGGCCGUGAUUGAAUAAGUGUGCGCUGGCUGACAAGAGCCCGUAAUCUUCACGGCUGCUAACCACCACGAAGAGAUGUCCUCGUUUGAUCUCAAAGAUGAAUCUGAGGUGAAGGAGUACAUCGAGAAGCUGGGCGUCGAGUACCGGUUCGGUUGUUAUUCAGAGAAAAAACCGGAAGUGUGUCACCUGCUCGGCGAUUAUCUCGAGGGCAUUCGUAAAGAUUUCGAAAAGGCCGCCAAAGUGUACCGGUCAAACUGCGAUGAUUAUAACUACGGCAAAAGCUGCCUUAAAUACGGCAAUUACACCUUCCUCGGUAAGGGCCGCGCUGCGGAGAAAGGUGACCCGGUAAAGGCGUACAGUUACUAUGAAAAGGGCUGCAAACUGAACGAUCCAGAUGCCUGUCUGCACAGUGGCCUGUUGCUGGUGUCGAAGCUUAUGCCGAAAGAGAUCACCCGGGACGUAUCAAAAGGCUUCGAGCUGCUGAAGAAAAGCUGCGACAUGAACAACGCAGGCGCGUGUUUCUACCUGUCGGGCAUGUACAUAUCUGGAGUGUUGAAAGAGGAGUACCAGGGAUCGAAAAAGGGAACCCACGGUGCGGUCGAAUCGGUCCCAAGCGAAGCCAAAUCCAUGGACCAGCGGCCCCCGGGUGCUUACGUGGUUGAGCGCAAUAUGGAAAAGGCGUUCGAGUUUGCGUACAAGGCUUGCGAACUGCGCAACAUGUACGCCUGUGCCAACCUGAGCCAGAUGUAUGCGAAAGGCGACGGUACGCCACAGGACGAAAAGAAGGCCGCCAAGUACAAACAGCUCGCGCUGGAGAUGCAGGAUGAGGUGAAAAAGCAGCAACAGCUCACAUUCCAGCAGGGACUGAACCCAACGUAAACGCACUAGCGAACCAGCAGGGUAAAGAGAGAAAUUCACGCUAGGACCACAAGGAGAGAGAAAGAAUGAGCCACAGGAGUUAUAGUUAGUUAUCUUGCGUGACCAGUUUUGUUGGUGCGCGUGUUUCACGCGCCACCGUCCGAUGGCAAUGUCGUAGCAAGACGCUUUAAACGUUUUAGUUUCAGUGUUCGAUUGUGGUGUGGAAAAAAGAGUGCAUCGUGUGAGCGUAGAAAGCCAGCUAGCUCCAGAACUUCUGGCCCGUAGGGAAAUCCGUUGAUCACUUGUUCGACCGUCCGACGGAGGCUGAUUGCAGAUAAUAUAUGUUGUUUCGUUUAGAAGUU